AUGUUCUUAAGUGUCAGAUUUUUUAAUGUUUAUUCAUAUAGGAUUGUCAAAGGAGUGCGCUCAGAUGUGUCAAAAGUUGUCCAUGCUGAUGAAUUUGAAUAUAAAGAUCCCAUCGAUGGCUCCAUUUCAGAGCACCAGGGCAUUCGAUAUUUAUUUGAGGAUGGAUCCCGAUUGAUUUUCCGCCUUUCAGGCACUGGCUCGGAGGGUGCAACAAUUCGUCUAUACAUUGAGCAAUAUGAUCAGAAGGAUCCCUCAAAAAUCAACCGAGAUUCUCAAGAAGCACUUGUUCCGCUUGUUGAGGUUGCACUGAAGCUUUCCAAGAUUUAGGAAUUCACUGGCCGAACUGCACCUACUGUUAUUACAUAGAUGCACUCAGUGGCAUUGUAAGCGGUUGCAGUUCCCUUUACAAUUCGGAAACUUCUCUGUAACUCUCUACGUCUCACUAGUUGGAUGAUGGACUCAAAAAACACUAUGCAAUAUCUUUUUUGAUCCUUAAAAUAAUAUGAACGUUCUAUUA